CGUCAAACACAGUUCAAUGCUUGCGGAUCCACUUCCUUUCCUUUUCUAGUUUUGUUGUGCUACGAAUCAAACAUGCCUAAAGCACGCAAGGAGAAAGUAAGCGCAGUCCAGGUUUUCGGACGUAAGAAAACUGCCACCGCCGUUGCAUACUGCAAGCGUGGUAAGGGAUUGUUGCGUGUGAAUGGUCGUCCGCUGGAACAGAUCGAACCGAAAAUCCUUCGCUACAAGCUGCAGGAGCCGCUGUUGCUGCUGGGCAAGGAAAAAUUCGCCGGUGUUGAUAUCCGCAUUCGCGUGAACGGUGGUGGUCAUGUCGCUCAGAUUUACGCCAUCCGCCAGGCCAUCUCGAAGGCGCUGGUGUCGUUCUACCAGAAGUACGUCGAUGAGGCAUCGCGUAAGGAACUGAAGGACAUCCUCACCCAGUACGACCGAACGCUGCUGGUUGCGGAUCCGCGUCGUUGCGAACCGAAGAAGUUCGGUGGUCCAGGUGCCCGUGCCCGCUACCAGAAGUCGUACCGUUAAGGAUUUAUCUACACACACAUUCACGCCUUGUCUGUUGGCUGGUCCGAAUUAUUCUGUUCACCGGAGUCAACCGGACAAGCUCAACGGUGCUUGGCGAGUUAUUCUCUCCAUAAGAUUACGCGUAAAUUGCUUCGAGCAUGAAAACCUCGUGAGGAAGGAAUAAACGGUAAACAUCUGUACAAUCUUA